AACAGACAGCAACUAGAGUUAGUAAAAUGGCCGACCAUGCAGUUUGCAUAGUAUGGAUACGCUGAGAGCAGCAUAUUCAAUACAUUAUUAAUUAUAUUUUUUUGAUCCGAUUUAUUUAACACUUAAUAACAAAUGUUUCUAAGUCGCUUUUUUAUAAUUUUACAUAAUUGUUUAAAAACAGCGGUUCUUAAAUUGAAUAACUAUAUUAAAAAUCUUAAUAGACAUAUUAUGAUUUUUAACGGACACUCAUUGUUUUUUCAUUGGUUUGGUUGUCACCCGCAUGGAAAUUUUUUGGCACUUUUAUGCUUAUGUGCACUAAACUAACUGCAUGCUAUAUUUUUGUGUGUGUGUUUUUUUAAUUUAAGGCCACGAGUCUCAAAAACUCGCGGCAGCAGAGGUGGUGGUCGUGGCCGUGGUCGCCAUACUAAUAAUGAUCGGGGCCCUCAAGAAGGUUUGGGCACUCGAGAAGAAGUAGAGACUCGGGGGAUUGUGCACGCUAGGGGCAGUACACGUACUAGGGGUGGUGUGCGCACUAGAGGCGGUGUACAGAGAAGGGGCGGUGUACGUACUAGGGGUGGCGCAAAUACAUCGCACCCGAUUUGUCUAGAAAGGUAAAUAUAAUAUUACUUAACACAAAUAGAGGUAAAUAACUAUUGCGUAGGUACUAUUACAGUCAAAAUUUAAAUCAGUAUUUAUUAAUUUAUGUUUCUCUAUUUUUAGCAUUUAUUGUGGCCCUCUUAAAGACUGGCCAAGUGGCUUGGCCAUCGAAGUUCCUUUACGGAAAAAGUAAGUAACUAUCUACAUUAUAUUUAAUUUAGAUGUUUUUUUUUCGUAUUUUAAAUAUUCUUUGUAUUUCAGAUUUUUUAGGAGGACGACACCGAGUCCCGAACCCGCACGUUCAAGAACUCCCAUACUAGUACAGCAUGAUGAAAUGUAAGCUUGUUUUAAAUCUACAAUAAAUGACUAGCAACAGGUAGAUCCUAUAAUCCAUAUAUUGUAUUCUUUAUCCCAUAGACUAUCUGCAGCUGAAACAUUAGCAGCGCUGAGUUCAGCCCCGCCAUCGCCUGGUUUAGACCAAGGAGCCAUAUCCCAUAUAUUAUCGGCAGCUGAAACAUUAGCAGCUCUGAGUUCAAAUCCGCCGUCGCCUCUUUUAGACAAAGAAGCCAGCUGGCCCUCGUUGCCCCGUGAUUUUGAAUUGUUUGAUACUGCAGUUGCAUCACGAGUCGUUUCACCUGCACUUUCAUUAGUUUCAAACGCACCUUCUCCAAUAGUGUGAGUAUUUUUAUUACUUAUAUAAAUUAUUUACUUCUAUUUUCUUUAUUACUUAUUAUUUUUACAAUAUUGUGUCCCAGAAAGAUUACGUGGUUAUAUUUUGUUUUUAUUUACAGAAAUAUUGAAGUCGACACGGUUCAGACAUCUGCCCUUAGAACAGUGCGCCUUCCCAAACGCAGAGAGGAAUCUCCUUCCUAUCAGUAAGUAUCACUUCAUAAUUAAAGAAUAAUAUACCCGUGAUUCUUUUAUGUUAAUAAUAAUAAAAACUAUCUUUUCAGAUCUCCUGCAGUUUGUCGUGGCCCUCCUCGUCCAUUAAAGGACUCAGAAAUAGAAAAUGUCCUUUUCUAUGGCAAGUACCUACUUUAAUAAUCGCUCAUUUCACGUUUAGAUAAAUAGCUUUGAGUUUGUUAUAAUGAGCUGACAUUAUAUCCUUUGUCUGGCAGGAAGCGAGGAAGAUGAUAGUGAUGACGAAGAGACUGAGGAGCUGGCGCCUGUUAUUGUGCCAAGGGUGGCUCGAAUUUACCUUCCGGACGAAGAAGACGAAAGUCCCAGUCAGGCUCAAGCAGAUUUGCGUUGGCCACCAAUCCGGCCCGUCCAACCAGCCCAGCAAGAAGCUGCGAUUCCAAUUGAAGCUCCUACUGAAACUCCGACUGAAAUCUCACUUUUUAUGCCUUCAACAGAUGCGAUACAAAUGGAGCCUAUUAAUCAAUUUGAUUUUAAAUGGAGACAGAUGCCAAACCCUCAGAUUCCACCACAAUUGAGGAGGGAGCAUUUUAUACAAAAUAAAGGGCCAACUCGGGCAUAUGUCGAUCCAUAUGAUGCAUUUGUUGCUAUUUGGGAUCGCCCAAUUAUGGAGCAUAUUGUUAGAGAAACAAAUAAAUAUGCAGAACAGCUUUGCGAGGCAAUGAUCGUCCAAGGCAUUGCCCCGAAUAGCCGGAUUACAAAGUGGGUGGAUACCUCGGUAGAUGAGUUAUACACCUACUUUGCGAUAAUACAAGCCACCGGUAUUGUAAUAAAAUCCCGCUUGGAAGAGUAUUGGUCAACAUCAGCCAAUAUUUUUAUCACCCCUGAAUUUUCGGCCGCAAUGUCUUAUGACCGUUUUUGUCUUCUGAACAAAUGCCUACAUUUUAAUGACAAUGCUUUAUGUUCGACGGAAAGAUUAAACAACAGUGAGGCGAAAUUACAUAAGUUGCAGCCAAUAUUGCAGCAUCUUAAUGACAAAUUCACUUCACUGUACAUGCUAGGGCAAAACAUUGCACUUGAUGAAAGUUUGACGAUGUGGAAGGGUCGCUUAAAUAUUAGGCAGCACAUCCCAAACAAAGCAGCGACAGUAGGCAUCAAGACGUACGAAAUAUGUGAAUCUCAGACGGGAUUCCUGUGGCGUUUUGAGGUAGAAGCACGCCAAGCCUCCACGAGCGAAGAAAAAACAAAUCCGCUGUCAGGGAAGAUACCGACUUUGGUGCUUAGGCUUUUACGAGGAUUAGAGCACAAAGGACACACUGUCUGGAUGGACAACUUCUACAAUUCCCCUACUCUUGCAAGAGAGCUCAAAGUACAGGGGUUCGACUGCGUCGGAACUCUGAGGACUAACCGCCAAUAUGUACCUGCUGAGUUGACAAAUUUACAACUAAAAGACAUGGCCGUUGGUCAAGUUUGUGGAUGCACCUCUGGGGACGUCGAUCUAAUUGUGUGGAGGGAUAAAAAGCGAAUAGCUCUUAUAUCUACUUACCAUGGCUUAACUACAGUGGAGGAUGCAGACACAAUUAAGCCUGCUUUAAUAGCUGACUACAACAUUUGCAUGGGGGGAGUCGAUAAAAAGGACCAAAUGCUUGCCAUGUACCCCAUAGAGAGAAACCGAAAUAGAAUCUGGUACAAAAAAAUUUUUAGAAGACUUUUAAACGCUAGCACAUUAAAUGCAUUCAUUUUGCUUAAGGCAUUCAAACAAUUUACUCAUAGGCAAUUUAGGCAAACAUUGGUGUUACAGUUAUUAGAACGCCAUAACACUAACAGAAGUCGCAAUCGACCUGCUUUACUAUCCCAACGGCAUGUGCCGCAACACUUUGAGCGACCCGCCGCAGGGUCUAAUGACACUAAGCGUCAUCUUCGACGCAAAUGUGUUGUUUGCUCGAAAAGAACGACAACUUUCUGUGAAGGCUGUAGUGGCAAGGCUCUUUGCGUACCUAAAUGCUUUUCUCAGUAUCAUGAAUAACUUGUGCUUAUUUAUGACAUUGUGAGAAUUUGGUAGAUAAUUGUCUGUGGUAAUACAAACACAAAAAAUGGAGUGUAUGUCUCUAUAAAAUAAAUAUACUUACUUACUUUAUUGCGUAAGAGAACGGUAGACCUAUAGAGCAUUGUCAUUAGUUUUAAUUAAGUUAGACGUAAAUCGACCUAUUGUUGUUCUGUUAAUGUUCUCAUAUUUUUAUACUUCGUCGGUGGCUAACAAGCGUACUACCCGCCUGGUGUUAUCCAGAUUUAGCAAGCUAUGUACUACUACAACCUCCCAAAGACUCUCAAGGCUUGUUGCUGUGAAGAUUUGCCGUGUUGAAAGCGAGAUGAACAAAAUGUAACACAUAAUAUUAUUAUCAUUUUUUAGCCAUUUUUAAUUAUAAUAAUAUUUUUAAAUUUUUAAUAAAAAAAAUUUGGGAUACUUGUUUGUUGCUUUGCCUGUUUACAAAACUUAAUAACAACCAGCCCCUGCUUCUUCUUGUUAGCUCAAGUAUUAGCCCCUCGCCAGUACGUUUGUCUGCUUUAUUACACAAAUUCGUAAUGUCGCCAACGAAGUUAACAUCGGGCUUCACCACAGAAGCUGGCGGUGGGCAAAAUGUUAAAAUCGGGCCUCGUCACUGACGAGGGUAAGUAGCUUUUUGACAAUUAGUCGUAUCCAUAUUAUUCAACGCUGUUGGUUGCUUACAACAGUAGCGUUUUUGUUGGGUUUAUAAUUAAAAUAUUUCUAUGCUUCUGUUAGAAUGUAGUACUUUUAUUAACUUUAUCUUGUUGUAAGUAUAUCGAAAUUAUCGAAACAUAUCGUUUCUCUCACCAGAACAUAAUGAUUAGUCUGCUAUAAUAAAAUAUGUAAAGGUGUUAAUUUUGAAAGACUGAAAUAGACUUUUUUAAACCAUGUACUGGAAAAAAUGUACUAAAUCUAACAGCUUCGUUUGUCUGUGAAACUGAGCUACUGGAUCAUUUUUACUGUUUAAAAAAGAAAUAAUAUACAAAUAAGAGUCAUUCUUUGAAUUAUAAGCAUGUAAAGUACCAUCUACUUAAGGUAGUUCUAAAGACAUACCCAUUAUGGUAUGUCACUUAAAACUGUUUUUUUUGUAUUUUUUUUCUAUUGCAGGGUAUUAAAAAGGCUAAUGUUUAGCAAUACUUAGUGGUAAAGGCAUGUAAAUAAAGCUAAUUUGAAUAAUUAUACUUGUCUAUUUAAUUUAAAACACUAAAAAUACCCGUUAAGAAUUUGAUGUCUUUGGUUUGCUCGUCCUUGUGAACCACAAGGAAUAGAUUAACUGUAUGAUGAUGAUUAUUAUUAGAUAGCAAAACUAAUAAAGAUACAGUUUUCUGCUAAACAGCCACCCGCAAAACAAUAAUCACGAUAGAAAUUACAGUUUAGUAGCAGUAGGUGACCUGACGUUCCUUAUCUGUGACAAGGCCCGAUUCGGGAUCCACAGACAACGACUUUUCGCCAUUUUUGUCGCCACUGAC